AGAUUAGAGGCAUUUAGGUUUGGAAAGCGACAAUACUGUAAAUGCACCUUGAUGUGUUUUGUGUGAAUUGCACAGUUGGCAGCUCUGACAAUUUACUCCCGUGUUACAGAUGUUCCUAGCGUUUUUGGUGUGCAUGGUUAUGAUAUAGAACAAUAAAUUUCACGAAAUAUCUCAAAACUUGCGCCGCAAUCGUCCCAUUAUGUUGCCAUUACUCAUCUACGUAAAAUCAAUGAAAUGUUGUCAAAUCUGAGGUAUCACAGCUUGCUUUUUUAGAUCUUGAUUUAAAAAAUAAAAGAUAACUGAUAGCGAGAAGGAAGUUAAAUAUUUUGUGUAUCAGACUUGCUAUUGCUCUCUGAGAUUCACAUGCUGGAACAUUGCCGUCUCUCUCCGCUUUCGACCAAACCAUGUGUUAUUUUAUCAAUGCGGAUAGCAGUCUAGGAGUUUUUGUAGAACUAUAUCGAAAUCCCAUUAUAUUAUUUUAAUAAGAUAUUGUUAAUAUGGCUGGAUAUAAUAGAUGUUUACAAAGUGCGACACAUCGUCGGAAAACGGUGAAAUUCGAUUCCAGUAUCCCGAGUUAAAAUUCAGUCGGUGUGUAUAGGACCGGAACAUGCGACCCAAGUAAUCGGGCUUUUUAUCAAAUCAUCUUCUCAAAGAUUGUGGCUUUUAUUCAGGAUUAUCACACACUUUUCUUCCAUGGAUUUACAAAGUGGUGGAGUAAUUUUACAGUCUUUGUUGAAAUGAGUUAGCGACAUUUGAAAAAAAAAAGAUUCUGAAGGACUCGAUUUCAAAUAUAGAAGAAUAAACAUGGAGAAAGGUAGGUCGGAGAGGACAAUGAGAAGACUAGAGACGGACAAAUGUCUGCGAUGCUCUCUGUGGAUGUUUUCAGGGAUUGCCAUAUCCCUGAUGGUGGUUUUAUUGGGAUUUACAAUAUGGACGUUAGUGUCCUAUCAGAACACAGUUAUCUCCCUUCAGUCAAGGGUGGACAAACUUGAAGUGGAUUUAGAAUUAUUCAGAUCGAACAGAGAGGAUAUAAUUGCUACGAAAGUUGAAGAAGAAGUUUCUAAGAAAUUGCAACUAGUAACGGCGCAGCUACCAAGUUUCUACACGCAUUCCCAACCCCGUUAUAAAAGACAGUCAUGCACCUGUCGAGGUCAGAAAGGCGAGAAGGGUUCCAUGGGACAAACAGGACCAAAGGGUAAUACUGGUGAACCGGGUCCUCAGGGACCAAAGGGAGAAAAAGGAGACAAGGGUAAUGAGGGUUUACCUGGAUAUGAUGGAGCGCCAGGACCAAAGGGGGUUAAAAGGUCAAUUCGAUUCCAAGACGAAACGUUCCGAAAUAUAGUAGACCUUAAGGGUGACCGCGGACCGAAGGGUGUACCCAGUUUCGUUCCAGAAGAGGCAGAACGUCAGCUCGAGAUUCUCAAGGGAGAACCAGGAGAGAAAGGCGCCAAGGGGCUUCAGGGCGAUCCAGGUGCACCAGGACCGAAGGGGGAUACAGGGUUACCCGGAUUUGAUGGGUUACCUGGACCAGCCGGACCACAGGGACCUCCUGGGCCGAAGGGCGAUCGAGGUGUUCCGGGCAAUCCGGGAGUACCGGGCAUGAUGGGAUCGAAGGGGGUUCAAGGUCUCCCUGGUAGAGGCGACCCAGGACCUCCAGGUCCUCAAGGUCAGCAAGGUGAAAUAGGACUUCCGGGAUUACCAGGCGUCAGAGGUCAAAAGGGCGACAGAGGAAGACGUGGCAAAAAGGGUAAGCGAGGAAAACGAGGCAUAGGGAGACCAGGACCACGGGGUCUUCUGGGUAAAAGAGGACUUCCGGGUGAGAAAGGUGCCAAGGGAGAUAAAGGGGCACCAGGGGAACAGGGCGAGCGAGGAUUGGGCAUUCCUGGAAAAGAUGGAAGACCCGGCAUCAGAGGCGUUCCUGGAGAGAAAGGCGACAUGGGAGAUGAGGGCCCUGAGGGACCCCCAGGACGUGAAGGACAGAUAGGUCCUCCUGGCCUUCCGGGCCCCCCAGGUGAUACAAGUAUAAUAAACAGCGCAGACUUAAAAGGAGUUAGUCGAGUUAUUCCAGGACCCCCAGGCCCCCCUGGUCCACAGGGUCCAGCAGGUCUACAAGGAAGACCAGGAAUUAAGGGCGAAAAAGGUCCCGUUGGUCCUAAAGGAGAAAUGGGUGAAAAGGGGGAGGAAGGACAGAUGGGACCAAUGGGUUUACCUGGGCGCUUUGGGCCACAAGGUGAAAAAGGAGAGAUUGGGGAUAGAGGUCUACAGGGCCCAAUGGGACCACCGGGUCCUCCUGGGCCAUUGAACACAGUGAAUGAAGGUGCAUGCACAUGUCAGAAAGGCGAAAAGGGGGAUAGGGGAAGAAGGGGCAAGCGAGGACCUAAAGGAAUGCAGGGAAUGCCCGGUCUAGACGCCCCUUGUCCUGUUGGUGAAAAUGGUCUUCCAUUACCCGGUUGUGGUAUUCAGUAUUACACAGAGGGAACACCUGGAUAUUCCUGUCCCGUGGGUCCAGAUGGCAUAGCUCGCUGCGGAAACACUGGGAAUAACAGGGGAUAGGUAACCAAAGAUUUGUUUUUAUUGUCUCUCAGCUUCCAAGCACGCUCAUCUUUUCCACAGAAAACACUUUUUGAAGUCAAAAUUCAGCGAUACCAGGAUAUUCAUGUUUUAUUUAAAGACAUCUAUCGUAAAUAUUCAGCGUUCAUCUUCAUAACUUUGUAUAUGAUUUUCAUAUAAUAGUAUUUUAGAUUUUUCAUUUUUCAUUUGUGAUUGAUUGCAAUAAUACAUGUAUUAUUCAUUUUGUUAUUUGUUGUAUCUUGGAUGUUUAAUUGUCACAUUCUUAAUAACUGCUGUACAUAUAUUUUACCAAAGAAACUCAAAUAUUCAGAUUUCAAUUUUAAAAAGUAAUAUGUUAGUACAGACUAUAGUUUUAAUAUAAAUAUGCAUCGUUUUCCAUUUUUAUGAUAUAUAUGGUUUUGUACAAUGUGUAUUCAGAGUAACGGAGAUUAAAAUAUUUAAUAUACAUUUGUGAAUGAUGGUUUUCUCACAGAUGAAUCAUAGUCAUAUUUUAGCAGUUUUUUUUGCUAUUCGAAUUUCUAAAUUGAAAAAAAAGAUGCAACACUGCCUAAUAAAGAUUGUUAUUUAUACAUCUGUAAUCAAUACGAGAGGAAAUUAAGGAUCUCAAGUUGCAGAAAUUAAAAGUCUCGAAGAAUUUUAUGAAUUCUUUUGUGGCAAAUCAAUUAUUGAUCUAAUACAACUUAGACUAUUAUGAAUGAAUAGUGUUAAUAUUCUGAUUUGUAAUUACAGAUAAAAAAAAUUAUGAGAAAAAAAUAUUGUUAUAUUUCAAAAAUACUUCUUUUUGUUAAAUGAAUUGUAAUUAAUAAACUAUUGUAUAUGUUUACAUUAGUAAAUAAUACCACUUA